AUGCACGGAGAAAGAAUUGAGAUGCACGGAGAAAGAAUUGAGAUGCACAGAGCAAGAGCUUGCGUUCCGAAAGUGCCUUCGAACAAGCUCCAAAGCUGGCACACGAAGACAGUGCACAGCGCGUGCGAGCAGGGAGGCAGAGAGGACGAGCUCCUGUUGGUGAAAACUUGCCAGGACGGCGGGGGAAGCGGGAGAGGAGAUCAUCGAACGGAGGGUUCUGCGAGGGAUGAGCAGGAGGAGAGGCAGCAGUGGGGCGAGGAGAGGAAGGGGCAGCAGUGGGAGGCGGAGGAGGAGAGGAGGAGGAGCAAGAGAGAGGAGGAGGAUGAGAGGAGGCAAAGAGAGGUGGAGGAGGAGAGGAGUAAGCGGGAAGCGGAGGAGAGGCGGCAGAGGGAGAUGGAGGGGGAGAGGAAGCAGCGGCGGCGGGGGUUGGCGUGUCUGAUAGCAGAGGACAACGCAGUGAACCAGAUGGUGAUAGAGAGGAUGCUCCGAAGCCUCGGGGUUGUCAGUGACGUUGCCUCGAACGGGGCUGAGGCGGUGCGGGCGUGCGAGGGGAAGGAAUACGACGUGGUUUUCAUGGACUGCCACAUGCCUGUGAUGGACGGCUUUGAGGCCACGGAGAAGAUCCGACAGCUGUACUUGCACCGAGCUCGAGGCAGAAGGAAGGAAAGGGAGAAGGUGGAGGGGGAUGAGAAACCAAGGGUGAAAGAGGAGCAAGAGGAGAAAGAGGACCAGGCGAAGCAAGAGGAGAUGGAAAGGGUCGGCAUGGACCACUUCCUGACAAAACCCGUGAGGCCAAGCGAGCUGGAGACGCUUCUGCGGCAUGUGGAACUACGAGGGGUGAUGCUUCAGCAGGAGGUGGCGUGGGCAAGAGAAGAGGCCGAGAUGUUGCGAGGUGAAGGAGAGAGGGGGAACAGCGAGGAGAGAGCCGACAGGGAGGUUGGAGAGGUUAAAGAGGAGCUGAAAUGCGAGAGGCUCCAGAAAGGGGAUGCACAGGCGAGAGCAGAGGCUUCAAUGUUGAGAGGAGAAGGAGAGACUCGGCAGCAGAAAGGAGCAGACAGAGAGGGAAGGGAGGAGAGGGAGGAGAGGAAGGAUGGGGAGGAUGGGGGGAAUCGGCUAGAUGUACGAUGCCAGGGUGGUUUGGUGGAGGCGGAUGAGCUGGCACAUAGCACCCGGUUGCUGGAUGCUGAGCUGGCACGUAGCACCGGGUUGCGGGAUGCUGAGCUGGCACACAGCCCGGAGGACAUGCCGCCACUGUCAAACAGCCGGGAAAAGGACGAGGAGGAAGGGGCUUCGGGGCGGGCCGUAUCCGAAGGGUGGAUGAGAGGCUUGCUGAGAAAAAGGCACAUGGAGGAGCAGCAGCAGGAGGAGGAGGAGGAGGAGGAGGAGGAGCUCUCAAAUGAGGAUGCGGUUGAUAAGCAACACACACCUGCACGUGCUGAUGCAUAUGCUGAUGCACAUGCUGAUGCACAUGCUGAUGCACAUGCUGAUGCACAUGCUGAUGCACAUGCUGAUGCACAUGGUGAUGCUCAUGGGGUCCUCCUUUUAAUCGUCUACUUCGCAACCCUUGGCCCGCCGUUAAAGCUCGUUCCAAGAGCCACCCGGCCCUUCGUUUCCGCCCCUUCCGCCGUUUCUUCCGCCUUCCCGUCCGUCCAUGUAACCGAAGCCACGGAGAUGGACGGGGACGGGCAGUGGUUGGAAACGAGCGUGCAAGUAACGGUCGUGCGGACAAAACGGGAAGCCGGGCCCUUGAGUGGCAAAGAGAAGUAUGGAGAGAAUACGCAGCAGGGCAACGAUAAUACCCAGCAGGGCGAUGAAGAUACGCAGCAGUGGGAUGAAGAUACGCAGCAGGAGAAAUCGGCGCAGCUCGUGCAACUGGCUCCGGAGGCGCAAUGGGAGCAGGAGCUGUGGCCAAAACGGGAAGCGGGGGCCUUGAGUGGCAACGAGAAGUAUGGAGAGAAUACGCAGCAGGGCAACGAUGAUACGAAGCCGGGCGAUGAUGAUACGCAGCAGCAGAAAUCGGUGCAGCUAGCGAGGGAGGCGCAAUGGGUGACGGAGCAGGACCUGUGGCAUGGGGAAGAAAUGCAGGCUCUUCGGAAGCAGGAGGAGCGCGCGCAGCAACAGGAGCAGGGUGCGCAGCAACAGGAGCAGCGAACGCAGCAUCAGGCGCAGCGCGCGCAACAGAAGGAGCAGGACGCGCAACGAAAAGAGCAGCGUGCGCAGCAACAGGAGCAGCUCACGCAGCAAAAGGAGCAGCGCGCGCAGCAAAAGCAGGGAGCGCAGCAGCAGCGCACGCAGCAAACGGAGCAGCAAACCCAGCAGCAGGAACAACAAGGCCCUCAGAAACAGGAGCAGCAGGGGCAAACGAAACAGGAUAGCACGAAACGAAUCAAAACAAAUCGAGAACACCGAAAGAACGUCGGUGUGCCCCCCAGCAGCAAUUCUCGUCAAGCCGCUGUUGGCGGGGACAAAAAGAAACGCGCGGCCAGGGGGGGAAGGGACGCGGGCGGGGAAAGGGGCGGCGGUAGAGGUGGCAGGGGCGAGAAGCUCGCGGCUGCGACGGGCUCUGCUAGUAACGCCACCGCGACAGCCACCACCCCCGCCGCUUCUCUCGACAUCCCCGGCACGGCCGCCGCGAAUGCAUCUGGUGCGGCAGAUUCACCUGGUGAAAUGGAGGCAUCCGCGAGCGUACCCGUAGGGGCGGCGUGCCAGGGGCGGGCGAUUUACGUGUACCCGCUAUCGGCGCGCUUCAACCAGUGGAUGGUGGACGAUUGCGUUGAGAGCCGCAUCAAGGGCUUUUGCCUCACCAGUCGGCACGGCGGGCUGGGUACGAGGCUCGCCACCUGGGACGACGCGGCAGAAGGGGGCAGCGGCAGCAACUCGACUAGCGGCAACGGCAGCGGAGGCAGCAGCAGCAGCAGCAGCAACGACGGCAGCGGCAACGGCAACGGCAGCGGCAGCGGCAGCGGCAGCGGUGGUGGGAGCAGUGGAGUGAUGAGCGGUGCUGGUGGUGCGAGUGAGGGCUGGCGGAACCAGUGGUUUUUAACCGAGAGCGUCAAUAACGAGGAAAUUUUCCACUCGCGUCUCCUGCAGCACCCCUGCCGAACCUCGGACCCAGACUCGGCGGAUUUCCUGUUCAUCCCGGCGUACCUGGGCUGGUCGGUCUGGUCGCUCGUGGAACACGGGCUCUUCGUAGAUCGGGACCAGCCGGGAAUCGAACUCGAGCGCUAUCUUUUGGAGGAAAACCCGGAUUUCAAACGGCUAGUGGAUCAAGGGAAUCAUGUUCUGGUGCUCGGCCGCCCAAUUUGGGACUUCAGGAGGGUAAAAGAGUGGGGAUCGGAUCUUUGGUGGCGGCCGACCUUCAAUAAUGUCACACUGCUUACUGUAGAGGCCACACGGGAGUGGUACGGCAGAGAGGUGUUUUCCAUUCCUUACCCGACUUCGUUCCAUCCUGUAGGCUCGGCAGAGCUGCAGGGUUGGAUGAAUCACGCUCGGGACCACGUCCGGCCGUUUCUGUACGCGUUUGUAGGCGGCAGACGGGCUAAGGAGACGAUAGAGGGUGCGCUGAGAGGAGCUCUGCUGCGGGAAUGCGAGAUCGAACCAGAGAAAUGCUUACUUUUGGAAUGUUACAGUGCAGAUGCGGAGGCCGUAACUGAAGCAGCAGCCGAGAUCGGUCGGGAGGCGGCCAGUCGGAAAGCUGCAGCAACAGGAAAAGGAGAAGGGAUAGCUGAAGUUAAUGAGGAAGAGCCUAGAGUGGAUCUUCCUGGGUGCACCGAUCCGAGGAGAGUAGCUGGCGCGAUGCUGCGGGCAGAGUUUUGUCUCCAGCCAGUGGGAGACAGCCAAACCCGCCGGUCCUUCUUUGACUCCAUCAUCGCAGGCUGCAUACCUGUGGUGUUUUCCACGGAUACGUUCGACAGCCAGUAUCCGUGGUUCUUUGACCCUAAGCCGGAGGCACGGCGGAAGAUUGCAGUCAUGGUGGAUCCAGAGGAUGUGAUUUCAGGCCGAGUGAAGAUUGUGGAGCUGUUGGGGAAGAUAUCUGUGGAAAGGAAAGAGGAGAUGAGACAAGAGAUGCAGCUUCAUGUUCCGAGGCUGUUGCUGAGAGACCAUACAAAAGAGGGAGAGGUGGGAGAGGAGGGACUUUUCGAAGAUAUGGUUGACAUUACUAUCAAUGGCUUGGUUGAGAGGAAAAAUAUGAGAGAAGCUGGAACUGCCGGUGAUUAUUUCCCUUGGUUCAACACCUAG